AUGUUGAUGUCCAAGGUUGUGCUGAGCUUGGGCUCAAUAAUCUUGGCCCAAUGUGUGCCCGCGACAGCAACCUGGCCAACCCAGUCCUUCAACAGUGUGGACUUGCUACCACCUGUAUUGGAGAUCACUAAAAAUGCGGCUACUGCUCCUGGUUACCUCUUUUUCGGACCCAAGGGAAAAGGAGCCCUAAUUAUGGCCGAUGACAGGAGCGGUGGUGACCUGAUCUGGGCAGGCCCAUCCGAACUGGUUUUCGCGUUCGACAUGGCUGAACUCGAUUCUGAGCCCAUUCUUGUGUACUGGACAGGUUCAGCAUUCCCAGACCCGAAUGGGUUUGGGUACGGGAUGAUCAAGGUUUUCAACUCAGCAUAUGAAAAUGUUUACAAUGUCACGCUACCGCAAUCCGAAGGCUCCUUUUACACAGGUACCACCACAACCUACAAUUCAUACAUUGACCUACACGAGUCAUUUGUCACAAACCGUGGAUCUAUUCUGGUGACAGCAACGAAUGUUUCUCAAACCGAUCUUACUUCUGUUGGUGGUCCAAGCGAUGGAUGGCUACGCCAGUCGUUGUUCUAUGAGAUCGAUAUCAAGACGAACGAAAUCAUUUACCAGUGGAACUCGUGGGAUCAUCGCGAUCAAAUCCCCUUGACGGGUACCCUCGAGGAACUGCACGAGGAAGGCAGUGCGAGCUCUUCUGCAUUCAACUAUUUCCAUAUCAAUGCCGUAUCUCUAUUUCAGGGCUACUAUGUAAUAUCGUCACGGUACUAUUGUGCCGUAUUCCUCAUUGAUCCCAAGGAUGGCUCGGUUGUGUGGGAAAUACAGGGUCAAGACGGAGGUGAUUUUACACUCCCAUCCGAUGCGCAGUUCUGCUAUCAGCAUGAUGCUCGUAUCGUCAGUAUGACUUCUGACAACGUUGUUCUUCACCUACAUGACAAUGCCAACUCGUAUUGGGCCAAUGGAACCACGCCCACUAGUGGUUUGCUCUUAUCUAUUGACCUGAAAGCCAAGGAGAUCACCAAGCUCGCACGUUACCAAAACCCCGCUGAUCCUCUGUUCGCCAUUUCUCAAGGUAGCUAUGAGGCUUUAGCAAAUGGACACGUCUUUAUGGACCAUGGAUAUCUCCCCAUAAUGGAGGAAUUUGAUGAGCACGGAAACUGUGUUGAGACUGUGCAGUUCGGCGUGGCCGGAACGACUUCUUCCUAUCGCGGCUUCAGAUAUGAGUGGGAAGGACACCCCAAGACGGCACCUGCAGUUGUUGGUUGCUUAGACGACAGCUCAAAUAGCGUGAAUUUAUACGUGAGUUGGAAUGGAGCAACUCAAGUCCAGGAGUGGGAAGUCUACGCUACCUAUAAUCACUCAAAAGGUCAGCAGCAGGUGGAGUGUACUGCCAAAACAGGCUUCGAGACCACUAUAACUAUCGAUUAUGACCCCCAUAUUUCUGAUUUUGUCGUUCAAGCCAAGGGGUUCCAGCAGUCGUCUACUUUGUCUCUUGCUAGUUUGAAUGUCUGUUAG